AUGGCCUCAUCAGGAAUUGUUAAGCUCGCUUGUGUGGUGCUCAUGUGCAUGGUGGUGGCUGCACCCUAUGGCGAAGCGGCCAUAUCAUGCGGCACGGUGGCGAGUGACCUGGCACCAUGCAUCUCCUACCUGAGGGGUAUUGGCGGUCAGGUGCCGCCACGGUGCUGCACUGGAGUUCAGUCCCUCUACAGAGCAGCUACGACUACUGCUGAUCGCCAGCAAGCUUGCAACUGCAUGAAAGCUGCUGCUGGCUCUGUCAAAGACAUCAACCUCAGUUUGGCCGCUGGUCUCCCCGCCAAAUGCAACGUCAACAUUCCCUACAAGAUCAGCCCCUCUACUGACUGUGCCAAGGUGCAGUGA